AUGCUCAAGAGUAGCAGCGGCGUGCGGGGCCGGGCAGGGCUGCUUGCACUCUUCUUGAUGUGCCAGCUAUUGCCCGGUUCUCUUGGUCAGGGCACGGCAGUGUGGCCAGUCACUGCCGUCACACACGGCGUCUUGGGACCCGUGAGUGUCACAGCUAGUGACAUCGAUGGUGACGGCGACUUGGACUUGGUUGCUUCCAGUCGAGCCAUCAGCGUGGUGGCAUGGUAUCCGAACCAUCUUGCUAAUGGCUCAGCAUCCUUUGGAGUACAGCAUGUGGUCAACGGCGCAUCAAAUUCUCCACCUGUUCUUGCUGUUGCUGACCUCGACAACGAUGGAAAGCCAGAUGUUGUGUCAGUCGCAGUGGUGUACAAUAUGAUAGGUUGGUAUCAGCAACGCGAAAAUCCACAAACUUUUAGUCCCCUUCAAACGCUUUCCGCCACCUACCAAGAACCACGCCUUGCACUGCCCGUGGAUAUGGACCGCGACGGGGCUUUAGACGUCCUUGUCGUCAGCGAAGGUGACAACAGCUUGUCUUGGCUUCGCAACAACGGCACAGGUUAUUUUCUAGAGCGCCGACGCAUCAGCACCACGGCCACCUCGGCCGAACAUGCCGUUCUGGCUGACUUUGAUGGUGAUGGCCUCUUGGAUAUUUUUGUGGCUCUCACGGAUGUCUAUCAGCUUCAGCUCUACCGCGCCGUCGACGCCCAGGACCACUUUGCCGCCCCAGAACUCUUUUUUCUCAAUCAUUCCAAGCCCACGUUUCUAGCCCACGCCGAUAUUGACCAGGACGGCGAUGAAGACCUGGUCGUGCUCAUGGACUCGAACAACUACGUUGGCUGGCUCCUCAACAAAGGCAACGGCAACUUUACCGAGUAUAUCUACCCAUCCUCAGAUCUCCGAUCCGCUCACAGCGUAGUACUUGCUGAUGUCAAUGGGGAUGACUUUCCCGAUGCCAUUGUGGUUGACUCCAGCCGUGGCUCCAUAUACUGCCUUCAAAACAACGGCACGGGUGGAUUUGCCCUACCAGUUGAGAUUGCCAGUAGCAAAUUUGCGCCCAACAUCCCCAUAGCUGCUGAUCUUGAUGAUGAUGGUGACUUGGACAUCGUGGCCGGAGGCUCCGACGCCCCCUUUUUUUAUUGGUACCGCAACGACGGUAAUUUGGAGUUUACGGAGCAGCUCGUCUUUGCGGACAUGGUACAGAGCCCGCGCGCCAUCGCCCUUGGGGACCUAGACAAUGAUGGUAUUCCCGACUUGGCCAGCGCAAGCCAUGAUGAUGCUAAGAUUGCUUGGUAUCGCAAUCCAGGCGAUGGCAGCUUUCAGCAGCAAACUGUGCUGGAAACUGACCUCAAGGGUGCGAGCGUAGUGCUGAUUCACGACCUCAACAGCGAUGGCCAAGCUGAUGUCGUGGCCGCAGGCCGCAAGGCUGACAAAGUGCUCUGGUUUCAAAAUCUUGGCAAUGGUACCUUUGCACGCCACGCCCUGCUCACCGACGCAGCUGACCCGAUUGAUGUCCAGGUUCACGACCUCGACGACGAUGGGCGGUUGGACGUGCUCGUGGCCCAUCAUGGCACAGGGCGCGUCACCUGGCAUCGACAGCUGUCCAACCAGCAAUUCGACUCGGAGCCUGUCACACUGCUGGCCGACGGCGUCGUCGCCAUUCAUGCCGCCGAUCUGGACAAUGACGGGGACGUUGACGUUCUUUGUGCGUGCGCCCAGACUCGUACUUUGGCUUGGUUUAUCAACGAGGGUGCAGGGCACUUCUCGACCAAUCCACAGGUGAUCACCCACGAGGCCGACGGCUUGGGGGCGAUCGACACUGCAGAUCUGGACCAGGACGGCUACUUGGAUGUUCUCGCCGUUAAUACGCUUGAUGAUCGGAUCGUAUGGUAUCACAAUCGCGGCAGUGCUUCGUUCCAACCCGUUGUCCUCACCACCUCGAGUCUCAACGAUACGGGCAUUGCCUCGGUGCGUGGUGUUGAUCUGGAUCGCGAUGGAAGGGUCGACAUUGUAUGUGCUGUCCCAUAUUUUCCCCAGGUUGUCUGGUUUCGCAAUCUCGGCGGGGGCACAUUUGCCGAGGCCGUGGCGGCUGGCGUAUACAGCGAUGAAAUCCAUCAGCUUUUUAUUGGAGAUGUGAAUCAAGAUGACCGACCAGACAUCAUUGCCGUUUUUGCCUCCACCAAUCGCAUCAGUUGGGCAGCCAAUAACUUAUCUGAUCUGCGUUUGGGACCGCUGCUCGGUCAAGGGCACUUUGGCACCGUUCAUCAGGCCAUUCCUCUUCCUGCAGCCAAAUUGGCACAGACCAAGGUCGCAUUGAAGGCCUUUGAUGGCAUGCAGAUACAAGAUUACAAAUCCAUCAUGAUGGAAGCGGCGUUGAUGCACGUGGUUGGCGACCAUCCCAAUGUUGUGCGCCUGCUUGCAGCUGUUCACGACAGGCCAGGCGCCCUCGCUGAAAAACGCGACCACGUACUGGCAAACGGUGGCGGGUUUUUGGCCGCGAUGAAGACCGUGCCCAACUUUGCUGGACUCAAGUUUACGGACAAGAACUUUUACUGCUUUCAGCAGAUUGUGGACCUGAGCCAUGGCGAGCUCAAUUGUGUGACUGGCCCCGACGAGAUGAUGGGGGCUGGUCUCAUGAUGUCGUCCGAUGGCGCCAUUGGCAGCACCUACAACAUUCAUCCCAAGUUGGCCGUACGCCUAUACAAGGCCUUUAUGGCGGGAGACGUGAAGACGGCCAAGACGUGCCAGGUGGAGAUGAACCGCAACAUUGCCGUGCUACUGGACAAGUGUCGCUGCCACGAGCGGGGCACCAAUAUUGUCGCGGGCAUCAAGGCCAUUUAUCGUCGAAAGUACGGCAUCGAGGUCGGCAAGGCCCGGUCCGAGGCGGCUAUUGAGGUUGAUGACGCGUGGGAGGCCGAUCUCAUGCAGGCUCUGGAAGGGCAUGUCUUUGAGUGA